UCUGGGAGGGGCCGCAGCUCCGUCAGCUCCAACAGAACCACCCGUGAGUUAGGUCGAGCCCAGCCAAAGCCCCCGGUGCUUUGUCGCGGGUUCGCUCGCUAGCUGUCUCGAUCACUCCCUCCCUUCUACCCUUCCUUCCUCCGGGCGGCCGCGGUAACGCUGGAGAAGCGGCAAAGAGGAGUGGCCCAGCGCUGGGAGAAUGCUGCUCUACCGAGGGGGCCGAACGCGACCCAGUCUCCCCACGGUUUAAGUCGCACAAGAGGAACCCAAGUAACCCAACUGCGAGUGUUGAGGAUCCUGCACCUGAACCGCUGGAGGCGCUGACAGAUUCGCCCACCGGAGCCUCCGGGCUUCGACAUGCUGGAGGAGCCCCGGUCUCGGCCUCCGCCCUUGGGCUUCGCGGGUCUCCUGUUCUUGGCUUUGUUCAGUCGGGCUCUAAGCAAUGAGAUUCUGGGCCUAAAACUUCCCGGUGAGCCGCCGCUGACGGCCAACACCGUGUGCUUGACCCUGUCCGGCCUGAGUAAGCGGCAGCUGGGCCUGUGCCUACGCAGCCCCGACGUGACGGCGUCCGCGCUGCAAGGGCUGCACAUCGCUGUUCACGAGUGUCAGCACCAGCUGCGCGACCAGCGCUGGAACUGCUCGGCACUGGAGAGCGGCGGCCGGCUGCCGCACCACAGCGCCAUCCUCAAGCGCGGUUUCCGUGAAAGUGCUUUUUCCUUCUCCAUGCUGGCUGCGGGGGUCAUGCAUGCUGUCGCUACAGCCUGCAGCUUGGGCAAGCUGGUGAGCUGUGGCUGCGGCUGGAAGGGCAGUGGUGAGCAGGACCGGCUCCGGGCCAAGCUGCUGCAGCUUCAGGCACUGUCUCGGGGCAAAAGUUUUCCACACUCACAGUCCAGCCCUAUCUCCGGCUCAGGGCCCAGCCCUGGCCCCCAGGACACGUGGGAAUGGGGCGGCUGUAACCAUGACAUGGACUUUGGAGAGAAGUUCUCUCGGGAUUUCCUGGAUUCUAGAGAAGCUCCACGGGACAUCCAAGCGAGAAUGAGAAUCCACAACAACAGGGUGGGGCGCCAGGUGGUAACUGAAAACCUGAAGCGGAAGUGCAAGUGCCACGGCACCUCAGGCAGCUGUCAAUUCAAGACUUGUUGGAGGGCAGCUCCAGAGUUCCGGGCCAUCGGGGCAGCAUUGAGGGAGCGGUUGGGCAGAGCCAUCUUCAUCGAUACCCACAACCGCAAUUCUGGAGCCUUCCAGCCCCGCCUACGUCCCCGUCGUCUCUCAGGAGAGCUAGUCUACUUCGAGAAGUCUCCCGACUUCUGUGAGCGAGAUCCUGCCGUGGGCUCACCAGGCACUAGAGGCCGGGCUUGCAACAAGACAAGCCGCCUGUUGGAUGGCUGUGGCAGCCUGUGCUGUGGGCGUGGGCACAAUGUGCUCCGGCAGACGCGGGUGGAGCGCUGCCAUUGCCGUUUCCACUGGUGCUGCUACGUGCUGUGUGAUGAAUGCAAGGUCACAGAAUGGGUCAAUGUGUGUAAGUGAAGGUGAGCCUCACCUCGGGACUAAGGAAGAACACUGUGUGAUGGGUGCUCCUUUUCAGCCCUUUGCUCUGAUUUCUGUCCAGGGAUAAUCAUGGUCCCCGGAAGCUCAAAGUAUCUACCUGGAAACAGCUUUGGGGGGAGUAGGGUCAGGUGAAAUCUGCCACGAGCAGCCUUUUGUGGGGGAAGUGGUCAUCAUAUUCUGUUCUUAAACACCUGGAUGGACUAAGAUAAAAUGUACUGUAUUGUUCCCCUCUUCUCAACCUCUGGGGUCUGUCUCUUGGGCCCAGAUUUAUACUCCUUUAGAUAGGGAGGCUAUCAUUUAGCCUCUUGCCUUCCUUGAAGGAUAACACUGGACGUUGUGUGGAGUCAUUAGAUCUGUAUAUAGAAAGAGACCACGCCAGGCGGUGGUGACGCACGCCUUUAAUCCCAGCACUCGGGAGGCAGAGGCAGGCGGAUCUCUGGGAGUUCCAGGCCAGCCUGGUCUACAAGAGCUAGUUCCGGCACAGGCACCAAAGCUACAGAGAAACCCUGUCUUGAAAAACCUAAAAAAAAAAAGAGAGAGAGAGACCACCUCUUCCUAUUUGUGGUCCUCAAACUCCUCCACUACAACCCAGAAGAACCUCCUCUUGUGGGGCCAUGGGUGACAAUAAUGAGAGACUUCGGUUGAAAAAGGACAGAUGACUGUCCUCAGAGGGCUGUCUUGUCCGGCGUAUAGGGAAUUGUUCUCCUUCCAUUCAGUUGUUGAGAGGGUCCCUCCAAAGGGAAGGUUUAGCUAUGACCCAUGGAAGCUCUUUUUUCUUCUUCAGCAGGAAGGGUGGGAAUGGAUAAUUUAUUGUACUGAGACAUAUUCUUGGUUCCUGUUUGAAACUAAAAUAAAUGAAGUUACUGGACUGGUUGCUGGUGGGUGCAGAUGGUGAUGUCUAGCCACACUUGGGGCAGCAGCCUGUGGUUUUGUUGUGAUUUUUGUUUUUUCCUAUGUGAAGCCUACACUCCUGUACUCAGUGACUUUUUAUGUAUAUCCUGCUGACUUCCAAAAAGGAUUUGAAAUGAUGCUCAGUGACCAGUUCAGAUUUUUAGUCUGUAAACCAAGGUGGGCUUUGGGGUGGCAAGAUUUAUAGAUCCAAAUGUACCCAGUCCCUGCUCAGCCUGAGCCCUCAACCCCUGACAUCUGGUAUCUCCUUCAUCAUUACUUAGAACAAAAUUUGGCAACUUUUUUUUCCCUGCAAGAGGGCUAGAGGGUAAAUAUGCUAGGUUAUUUAUAUUGUGGUCUUUAGGCCAUCUACUCACCUCGGCCAUAAUUGCUCAGUUCUGCUGUUAUAGACCCAAAAUAGUUAUGGUCAGGGGAAGGGACAAAAGCAGACACAGGCUCCAUGUAAAUCGAUGGGUAUAGCUGUGUUCACUACAGUCACAAACUGGUGUGCAGGGCCAGACUGCUCCUCUCUGUCAUUUGUUGACCCCUCUCCUAUAUAAAGUCGCAUCUGCUCUGGGGCUUUCAAGUCUUAAAUACCACUUAACAAUGAAUAUGAACGUAGAAGAGCAG